CCUCGGGUGGGGAGGGAACGUUCGAGCCCACCUGGCCGAGCCUGCGCGCGCCUGCCGGCUCUCGCCUUGUCCUGCCCGGAGUGACAGGCUAGCCCCGUCCCCCUCCUCCUUCUGGACGCCCCUGGUGGCGUCCCGACGCCUGCAGCCGGCCGCCCGUCAGCGGGAGACGGGGGAGCUUCCAGGCGGGCGAGGGAAAGAGGGAAAUAGCCAUGUCGAACGCAAUGUAUAAUAAGAUGUGGCAUCAGACCCAAGAAGCCCUCAAUUCUUUGCUUGAUAAAGAGUCCCAGAAUAUGAUGGAAUCACAAAGAAAUCAAGUUUUCAUCUUCCAAAUGCUGGCCACCUUCUACAUAAAAUAUGUGCAGAUCUUCAGAAACCUGGAGGAUGUCUAUGACCAGAUCGUCCACCCGCAGAAGCGAAUACUGAUCCGAAAAAUCCUGGAUGGAGUGAUGGGUCGUGUCCUGGAACUGAAGAAUGAAAUGGUUGAAUUGGAAUUAACCGAGUUUCACUACUUUGAUGACAUCCUACAGGAUCUAAAGUUGGCUCCUCAACAAUUAGAUAUUCCCAUCCCCAAGUAUUUUUUGAAGGAGAAAUUGGAAGUAAUCAAAGGAAGGGAGAAAAUUCUUGCUCAAAUAUUAACCAGCACUGGAUUAGAUAUACCCAAAAAGAAAUACAGCGUGAAGAGUAUCCCCCUAGAAGAGGCUGUUAAGCUAAUCCAGAUCUCCGAGAGAGCACGGCAAGGUCGCCUAAGAGCGAUGUUCAUGAAGCAAAUCUUCCUUCGAGAACACAGAUCAAAGCAAGCCAAGAUACUUGGCGAGAAAGUCGCCGACGUGGGAGCCGCCGCGCUGCAGAUUCAGAAGGUUUGGCGAGGUUUCCAUCAGUGUAAGAAAACCAAAAAACAGAGAGAGGAGGAGAUGAUAUUCCUGGGUAUGAAUCCACCUCCUCUGUUUAAUGAAGUCAGUGCUACAGUCAUCCAGGCUGAAAAGGUGGCCUCUCUGAGGAAUGAGAUGCAGAUAAAGCACGAGACGAACUACAAAGAAGCCUUGGUUACAAUCAAGGAUGACCUGAAAUUACUAGAAGGUCCAGAUAUCAAGGAGAACCUUCAAGACCAGAUCCGGCAUUGGUUCAUCGAAUGCAGGAACUUAACUGGCAUGUUUCCUGAGUACCCUAACGUGGAAGAAGGAGGGUCAGCAAUUAUCUUUUCCAACAAGACUCCGCAACAGGUCACUGAAGAUAUUAUUGCAACCCAAGAAGAGGAGGAGAAAAACAAAAAGAAAAAGAAGAAGAAGGCAAAGAAACCCAAGAAACCUAAAAAAGAAAAGGAAAAGAAAGAGACAAAGGAAAAAAACAAGGAAGAAGAUGAGGGAUGGAAAAUGUCACCGAGUGUGUUCCUUCCCAUGAUGGAGGAAGGAAACAACGUGUACAAAGACAUGUGGAAGAAUAGAGACGAGUCGUGGAAUUUCCCGCAGGACUAUGACCCGGAACUGAUCAAACAGGAGAAGCGAAAGGAACUAGAGUCCGAGAUCAGAGUGCAGGUGGAUGAGCUAAUGCGACAGGAGCUCAAAAACUUAAAACUGGCUGUGAACAGAGAAAAGGAGUAUCCGGUCAAAGUGGGAAAGAAGAAAGGUAAAAAGAAAAAGAAAGGGAAGAAAGGCAAAAAAGGGAAAAGAGGGAAGAAGGACAAAGAUCUAACAGCUGACAGGACCAUUGAGUCUCUGUAUAAGGAACUGGUGGAAGAAGGGCUGCUGAUCCAGGCUCUGAAAGUUAACCUCUCUGAUUACAUCGGAGAGUACAGUUACUUGGGGACCACUCUUCGCCAGGUGUCCAUAGAACCCAUGCCUUCGCUCCUGGAUGUCAGACAGCUCAUCGCCCUGUACGGGAUCUUGCCACUAGGUUCUGCAACGGUGCACGAGAAAGCUCCUCUGGUGAAGUCCCUGCUGCUGGCAGGGCCAUCCGGGGUAGGGAAGAAAAUGCUGGUCCACGCCCUCUGCACGGAAACGGGCGCCAACCUCUUCAACCUGUCGGCAGCGAACAUCGCUGGGAAGUACCCUGGCAAGAACGGCCUGCAGAUGAUGCUGCAUGUGGUCGUCAAGGUGGCCCGCGAGCUCCAGCCCUCCGUGGUCUGGAUCGGAGACACAGAGAAAACCUUCUACAAGAAAGUCCCCAGUGCAGAAAGGACGAUGGACCCGAAACGCCUCAAAAAACAGCUUCCAAAAAUCCUGAGACUCCUGAAACCGGACGACAGGAUUCUGAUUGUAGGGACAACCCAGCGCCCCUUCGAUGCCGAGCUUCAAUCUUUUUGCAAAGUUUACCAAAAAAUUAUUUUGGUUCCCAGACCAGACUAUGCUUCUAGAUUCGUUUUGUGGAAACAGAUCAUCCAACGCAAUGGAGGCAUCAUUACCAAUGCCCUGAAUAUCAGUUGCCUGGCAAAGGUCACCGAUGGCUUCACCCAAGGACACAUAGUCCAGGUGGUUAAAGGUGUGCUCACAGACCGCAGAAUCCGGCAGCAAACGUAUAAACCGCUCACGGCAGUGGAGUUUAUUGCAAUGCUAGCCAGCAUGAGUCCGGUGUACCAGGAGGAAGAAGAGAGCUUUAAGGACUGGUAUGCCAAAACCCCUAUGGGUAAAAAGCGAGCCUUGGCGCUAACAGAAGGGAACAUUGAAAAGGAAAAGGAAAAAGGGAAAAAGAAGGAAAAGAAAGGAAAAAAGGAGAAGAAGAAAAAGUAAUGCCUUUCUGAGGAACCAUCCUUGAGUGUCUCAGGGAUGGAGGUGGUCCUGACUCGCCGGGGAGAAGGCUCACCAUUGCCUGUCUGAAGAAGACUCAGGCCGACGCCCGGAGCUCGUCAGCCCCUGCAUUCACUCAGCUCUUUAGUGGGCUGUACACCAAGUUCGAUGACCCUCACCAUUGUUUGUAGAGUUUGUAAUUGUUGCUCAAACUGUGUAAAGUUUGUGUGUAACCAAAAUCCACGCCACACACAAUCUUUCCAUCUCAUCAGUGCUAGUCGCCAAAUUUCAGAUGCGAUAAAAACUACUCUAAUUUGACAACUAGUAAGUAACGAGUCUGUCACCAGCACUCCGGCUUUUCAUUAAUCCAUAUAUACUGUAUAUUCUCUUGCACAUAUUUUAAUACAUUAAUUCUUUGCUCUAUUAAUAUAUUUUAUAUAAUGGAAUAAAAACUGUUAUCUUUGAACUGA